AUGAAUCCGAGGGCAGGAAUGAAUGCCCCAUCCGCACCCUACAGCGCCAUGUACUUUGCGCCGUUCGGCGCAGGGCCGGUCACCCGUCUGGCAGAUAGACCGGCUGCUGGAACACAGAUCAUCACUCAAGCUGCCCAGAGCUGUGGUCCAACUAUGGCUGUUGCCAGGGGCAUGCCUGUGAUCGCAGCCCCACAAGCUGCCCCAGCUGCCUAUGUGCGAGCACCUGUGACGACGACAGUGACAUCCCCACAAGCUGCCUUUGCUGCACCAGUCAAAACCAUCUCAGCAGCCGCUGAAUCUGCAGAAGCAGCAGCAAGGAUCAACCCUGUCAUGGGUGAUUAUGCUUUUGUCACCUCAAAGCUGCAGGAAAGAGAUGUAAUUAUCCUCUUCAGCAAGACAUAUUGCCCAUUUGUGCAGAAGGCCAAGGAGGUUCUUGCUUCAUUGCGGCCAAAGCCUGUGAUGACAGUGAUCGAACUGGACUUGAUGGGAGAGCCAAGACAUGGGCCCAUUCAACAAGUCUUGCGGAAACACACUGGCUCUUCAACCGUGCCACAGGCCUUUGUGAACGGGACUUACAUUGGAGGCUGCCAAGAGAUGAGCAAUCUCCACACACGAGGAGAAUUAUUGCCAAUGCUUCAAAGACUGGGAUGCAAAUUUGAAACUUAG